UUGCAUCUUGUUAGCAUAUCAGGGUUUUUUUAAUAUAUGAAAUCAUAGAAAAAAAUACCAACGACAAGAAGUUCUCCUUCUGAAUUGUAGCAUAACAUGGAAAUUCUAAAGCUUGGCAAAAGUACCUCAAAUGCAUACUUAAAUACAUUGCUUGAGUAAAUGUACUCACACUGGUUACCUUCCAUCACUGCAGUUCAGUGUUUUACAGCCUCAGACAAUGCUCCUAUUCAUAUAUUUUUGGGCAGGUAUUGUGAAUCACUUUCCAACCUUCCCAAGGCUCCAAAUGCUCCAAAAUCCUUUUGACAAAGGCAUUUGUAGCAUCAAAGACAUCUCUGACAAAAUAAACCCACAAAGAAUGUUUUAUCAGAGCACCAAAGAGGGUUAGUGUAGUUUUUCACAGGGUUAACCGUUUCCAAAUUGUUGGGCUAGUAGAUUGGAAGUGAAGGGCGUGCUCCUGGGCGAGAGAGGGGAGAGUGGAUGAGAGAGCGGCCCUAAUGCGGCAUCUCAUUACAACCUCUGUCAGGAUCCCUCUAUUCUACCAUCAGCUCCCCUUAACUUGGUAAGAGCCCAACUGUCGUUUCGAGUGAGUGUGCCGCCAAGGAGGCAUUUACAAAUAAAUGAAAAAUGUCACAUUUGAUUUCACUCCUCUCGGACUGCGGCGCCUCAGCUUUGUCACAAACUGUCUUUGUUGUUCUGGUCUCUCGCAGGUCCCGCUCCCGGUCGCUGUGGAUAGGUUGUGGCAGGUUCAGGCCCUCUGCGUCUCUCCCAGGGCCAUUGGAAACGCCAGAUCCACUCCAGCACUAUAGCCGUGUCAACAUGGCAUACAGGAAGGUGUGUGACACCCAAGGGGGUCCGAUGGUCGGUGAGGUUCUGCACUGCUCUGGAGGUCUGGAUCUUGAUUGGGACCUGGAGAAAGAGGAGCUACAGGAACCAGGACCCAGUAUGGACCGCAUGCAGAUGCAACACGUAGACUGCCAGAGAUCAGAUCCCGGCCCUGACCCCGACCCUGAGCUGAUGGAACCCAUCCAGCCGUCUGUCUCAGUGUCGCCACAUGGACGCUUUGAACGACUCCAGGAAGAUCCCAACUACAUCUCUCACUUCACCAGGGCUCCAGGCCACAAAGGCCAACGACGACUCCACUGCUUCCUAGUCAGGUACUUUGUGGCUGGGCUGGGGCUUUUUGUUCUGGGUCUCCUGAUUGGCUGGUUCACUCACACACCUGCUGCCAAACCACCUGUUCAUCCCUCUGACAGCUCAGACCUGCUGGAGGAGCUGCUGAGAAGAAUCACAGCUGACAAGAUAAAUGCUCUUCACAGGUCUUUCUCCAGCCUAUCAGAUGACAGCGAGGAAGCUAGAGCCCGGUACCUCUACAGGCAGUGGGUGGGACUCGGCUUGACUGACGUCCGCCUGUCCAAUCACACAGUUCUGCUCAGCCUGCCUGGUUCCACACCCAACACCAUCACUGACCGGUCUAGUCACCAGUGUUUCCUGCCGAACGGGACCCCCUGUGACCAGCGUGGACCAAAUGAGCUGCCCAAGCAGCAGUUCUCCUACGCAGCCUACUCUGCUGUUGGAAGUCUGCAGGGGGAGGUGGUGGAUGUCCAGUACGCCGGUGUGGAUGACCUCCGGAGAGCCAAAGACAGCCUGAACCUCACCAACCAGAUUGCUGUGGUCAAGCUUGGCCAGGCACCUUUGCUGUACAAGCUCUCCCUCCUGUCUGAGCUGGGUUUUGGAGGUGUUCUGAUUUACAUCGACCCGUGUGAUGCUCCUCCUGGCCGCCACACCUGGCAUCAAGCCUUCAGAGUAACUCUCAACCCUGGAGGAAACCCUGCCAACGCUGAGGUGUCAAGAGAAACUGGAGGAAGUUUGACAUCUCUGUUGGUUCAGCCCAUCUCUGCUCUCCUGGCAAAGACAUUGCUGUCCUCUCCAUCAACAGGGCAGGGGGACUCCUGUGUUCCUCUAGCAAUGCCUCCCAACACAGAACGAAAGAAGAUUACUCUGACUGUUGGAAACCAGCUGUCCUACAAGAAGAUCUACAACGUUGUGGGGUACUUGAAAGGAAGGAGAAACCCAGAUCGCUAUGUGCUGGUCGGCAGUCGUCAUGACAGCGACCAGGGAGGCGGGGCUUCAGCCAUCAUGAAUCAGCUCAUCGCGGCCCUGACAGAGCAAACCAAACGGGGAUAUGUACCGGACCGUACCACUGUGUUUUGCUCGUGGGGAGGCUCAGCCCUGGGGAACAUCGGGUCCUAUGAGUGGGGAAAGGAUAACAGUGUUGUCCUCCAGAGCAGUGCAGUGGCCUACGUCAGUCUGAACUCUCCAGUCAGAGGGACAGAGACUCUCCGAGCUACAGCUUCUCCAACACUGCUGCAACUCACUUCAGACAUACAGAGAAGACAGUUGCUCAGUUGCAUCCGUGGUGGAAACUGCCCUGGACCCAACGUCAGCUCGCUGCAGUUGCCUGGAGAUGUGAAUUUCUUCGCCAACCAGCUGGCUGUGCCCACCAUGGAGUUUGCCUUUGAGCAGACCAAAGCAGAAGAGACCACCAGUUUCCUGUCAGAAGCCCAAUUUUCUGCUGAGUCACCAGAGACCCUGGAUCCACUUUUUAAGUUCCAUGAGACGAUUGCGAAGAUGACAGCAGAAGCCAUUCUGCGCCUGGUCACUGAUCCUGUGCUGCCGUUCUACCCUCUGGACAUUGCCCUGGAUGUUCAAAACAAACUCAAAGACAAGAGUGUGGUAACUCAGCCCAUGCUGUCCUCAGCCUCCUCUCUGAGAGACCAUGCAGCGUUCUUCCAGUCAGAAACGAUGCGACCGGCAAAUGACCCUAAAGAGCGAGACCCCUCCCACGUGCGGAUGCUGAAUGAUGUACUCCGUGACCUGGAGAAGAGCUUCAUCAUCCCACAGACACCGCCUGGAGUGUACAGGAACCUGUUAUACAGCCUUCCGGGGAAGACUCCUCAGUUUUCCAUCCUCAGGUUCUCACAGGAAGCCGUCCUGCAUUGCAAUGUGACCAGCAAAGCAGUGAAACGCAACUCUGCAGAAAAGGAAGUAUAUUGCCACAGCACCAUGAACCAGUCUCUGUCUCUCAUCCUGAGGGCCAUCCGCUCGGCUGAGAGGCUGGUGUCUUUUGGCUUGGACUUGUUUGAAAAUUACCCAAAUGACACAAAAUGAUCUCGGCUAACACAGAGCCACCAGAGAACUUGGAGGCAUUCGAGCAAAACUGCCGCUGAUCAAGUCAAUUAACCCUCUGGGGUCUGAGCCUAUUUGCCCUUUAUACACCACAUAAUAUUUACUAUUUGGUUUGGUAUUUGGUAUUUUCUCAGCAAAACUUCAGCAUGAUCUGACUAUUAUUUUUCACUUUAACCCACUUUAUUAACAUAUUGAGCCCCAAAAAUGCACAAAAAUCAUGAAAUCUGAAAUAAAAUGAUACUAUUUAGGACAAUAAAAAACUAAAAUGCUCAAUGAACUGUUUCAGACCUGAAAAAUGUAAACAUAGGUAGCAAAUAUGAACAUAUAAAGGUAAAAUUCAAAUAUAAUAAAACUAUAAACAAAAAAUUACCAUGAAACCAUGUUUAUCCAUAGGAGGAGUGUUAGAUGAUUAGACCCCUUUUUUCAAUUUUUACAAAAUGCCACGCCAUUCUCGUCCCAUGCUACUUUUACACUUAUGUUAUAAUAAAUAUUUUUGCACUAUCAAAUUAAAACAAUCAUAUCUUGUUACUGCGCUUUGAAAAAAGCCACAUUAUCUGAUCAUAGACCCCAGAGGAUUAAGUUUAAAAUGCAUUGAAAAUAUGAAAAAUCAAUUGAGCGUCUUCUAAAACUCCAAUCUCACUCAUAAUAGAACAGUCCUGGAAAAAUUGAGAAUGCACACAUUAAAUGAGUAUUGACAGCGCUCAACAGACAAGAGUUUCAGACCCCAUAGUGUCAUUUAUUCCCAAUAUUGAACUAAUUACAAAAAUAUGCAGUCCACAAUCUAGUCAGAAGUGGUUUCGAAUGAGUUUCUUAUCAAGGGUUGUAUAAGAAAAAAUAUUUUCUGAUUUAUGAAUGUAUUUAAACUAACUUGUUGCACACUGGCUCUUAGAUAUGCAAAUAAUAUUGACACAAUGGGGUUGUUUAAAUUGCACUAUACUAUUAAUUUAAAUGAAAAAAAAUGUCUUGUCCUUCACCAGCCACUUGUUUUAUUGUCUGAAAGACUUUUAUCCUAACAAAUCCCAGCACAGGAGAACUAAAGCACCAAUUCAGACACUUAAAAUUAGAUAGACUUGAUUUAAAUAUGUAAGGAAAAUAUUUGUAUAGGUGUAGCCAUGUUCGGGGAAAAAAAUUGUUUGCAUGUGUUAACACAGUUGCAGACGCUGGGAGAUAGUGGUAAGCCAUAGAUUGUACAUGAAGAUGGAUGACGUGUCUUCUCUUUAUUCCACUGCAUAAAAAUAUAGUCAAAAUAUCCCGUCUGCACUGUACACUGAAAAAAAUUGGAGUGACAUUUACUUAAAAAAAGCUAGGAAAUUUUUUCCACGCAGAAAGUGUUUGUAAUCUUUACUCAGGCUGUUUCUAAGUAAUAUCUAUCUAAUAGAACCACUUUUCAAUUAAAAAAAAAUAAAAAUACACAAGUAAAUUGCAGAUUCACUGAUGUCCCUCAAUUACAUUUUACUUGGAAAUAUUAACUAAUUCAGUCAAUAAACUGGUUUAGUGAAUAUUACUUGGAACAAAUUAUUCAAUUUACAUACAAAACUGAGGACACAUAAUAACAAACACUCACUAAGUAAUGCACUACAUGAAAAACUGCUAUUUCAAAGUAAAAGCACUGAAUUUGUAUUUCUUUGUAGAAUUUAUAUAGAUGAUUGAGAUAAUAAUUACAGGGCCAAAAAAUCUCUUUUUUUCAGUGUAGGGAUUGGGCAGUGGAGCUACAGUAUCGAGGUCCCGCCCCUACUUAUCAGAAUUAAAAUACUUACAUACUUAUAUACUUACUUGCUGAUAAACAUCAGCAUGAUAAAAACUACCUAAAUGACAGAAAACAUCUUUGACAUGCCCUUUUUUUUUUUAGCUUUGUCGCAUCUGCUAACAUGGAGGGGGCAGGAUUUCUGGCCUUAACUGCAGCUCGCCACCAGGGUGUGAUCAAGAUUUAUUUUAUUUUAUUUAGUGUUAUUUGAUAUGGACAUAGCAAUUACAUUAGACAGACCAGAUGGAUUGUUUAAGUGUUUUAGUGCGUGCUAAUUCGCAACACUUGUCCAUAAGCAGUUUUUGAAAAUAUAGGGCAAUAAAAAAAUAACAAGAAUCGAAAAAGGAAGGAC